UUCCUCCUCCUCCUCCUCUCCUCCUCCUCCCUUGCAAGCCAGCCUAUUCCGCAUCCGCAAGGCUUCCGGAUCCGGGGUCAGCUGGGCGAAGUGGUGGAUUUGAAUGAGCCGCUAACUGCCGGGCUGCGGGAGUCGUUGCUAACUGGUGAGAAGUCUCUGUUGGGCCAGGAGGAGAGCGAAAGCCAAGAGGUGACGGCUUGAUUUCUAAGCAGCGAGGUACUACGGCUGGUGAAAGGCUGCUGGAAAGCUGUCCAUGAUAAUACGUUGUUCCUUAUUCCAAAGCGGCUGAUUUGGAGCAGGUUGUGAUUACGCUGUGGGAGUAAAUGCACUCUGUACGUGCUCAGAAGCAGUUUCCUAUCUUGUGUUUCACAUAAUCCCAAAACUCACCGCUUUUGUUGAAAGCGAUGAAGCCUAAGGAUGAAUGACAGACAUGAAGAACUGCGCUGUAACAGGCUGCUGACAAGCUGGGUUCUCUGUAGAGGCCCUCAGAAGAUAUUGGGUUCUAUGUUCCUCGGGAGAGAUUGGCUUACUUCCUCUCACCAACAUUGCGGCUGAGGAUGCACAAAGCCGCUCGCAAGUGGAUUUUGAAUCGGGAUAUCCUCAUUCUCAAGAACAGGCUUUACAAUUGGACAGAUUUUUUUCUAUCUCACACAAAGAACAAAGAUGUACAAACAAUAAUUUGCUCUGGUGACUCUUCAUAACGAGUAUUGUCUUUUGACAGGACAAGUGCCAGAAGCCUGCUUGUUGCACAACCACAGAAAGGUCUCUUUCCUAGAGUCUUGAUUUCCGCUGCAACCUUGUUGUGUGAGGCUAAACACCAUGUUCCCAGAGCUGGGGGAGAGUGACGGUGAGGAGCUGCUGACCUUUCAUUUCCUAAGGAAACAGUCUCCUGGAAUAAAAAGCACCGUCCAGCCUCCUCCUCUAGAAGAGAAAGUGGUUGUGCUCUGCAGCUCAGACUCUGAGGCUUCAUUCACUGCCUCUCCUGCCUGGAAAAAGUCCCGUGGUACCCAGGAUUCAGCAACGGCUCCCACUUGUAUGAAAGCAAUGGUGCAGCUCAGCAGCGAGAGUGAGGAGGACGAGGAUCUUAUCCCCUUGGCUGAAAGGCUCAGGAGGAAGCUUUUGGCUGCUGAGCCUUCCACAGCUGGUCUUUCAUAUACUAGGAUCCAAGAAAUGAGCAACCAAGACUCAGCUGGAGGAAGUGGGCUCUCCAAUGAUGAGAAAGUGACCACAGAUUGCAGACUGCUGUCACAGCUACCAGGCACCCAGGGAAGGACUGUACCCAAUACUUGGGAGUUGUCAGAUAGUGACCAGGAACUAGUAUCACUGGAUCCCAAGAAACAGACUGUGCCUCAAUCACCAGUUUGUGUCUCGGGCUGCUUGGUGCAAAAUGGCAGCCCUCAGGUGGCAGAGAUAUGCUUGAACCCUUUCCCUCUUCAGAAAAAAACAAAGCGCAGCCAGGAGGAGCGUGACAAAGCCGGGGAGAGGAGAAAAGACCAAGGAACUCGGAAGGUGCUGCAGCAGCAGGAAAGAGAGAGGAAGCAAGCCCUUGCCAACCUGAGGAAAGCUCAGAGGCCAGAAGAGUGUCUGAAACACAUUCAAGUAAUCCUAGAUCCAGGUCUUUUACAGGUCGAAGGUGGUGGGCAGAUGCUUACCACUCUGCAGUCCAUGGAGUGUAGCUGUGUGAUUGAGAGUCAAGCUAUUCCCUGCAGUAUCACCUGGAGAAGGAAAACUGGACUAACUCAGGCUGAAGAAGAGAACUGGACAGAAGAACCCAACCUUCUAGUUCUAAUGCUGCUAGAAGAGUUUGUUGCCAUGAUCCAUAACUAUAAGCAGGUUAGCAUGGAAGAGCCCACUGAGACUCUACAGACCUUUGUGGCUAAUAUCAUGAAGAAAAUCCCUGGAAGAACUCUGGCACUGGCUGUAGUUGAAUUAGAAAAAUAUUUCAGUUCUCACAAACUUAAGUCACGGAAGAAACUGCAGCAAGCAAUGCAGAAUGGUGGCAAGGCAAAGGAGCAGGGCAAACAAAAGAAUCGGAGACAAAAGGCAAAUUCAGUCCCAGAAGUAUCCAGAGUGGACGUGGAAGAAGCCUUGGUAGCUCUGCAGCUGCACACAGGUGUCCAGGUUCGACUCCUUGAGAAUUGGAAGGAGUUUGGCGACUUUGCCAGUCAGUUCACCAAGGCUGUGGCUGAAGCACCAUUCAAAAGGGAACGAGAUAAAACCAGCUUCUCCUUCUGCCUAGAGGGAGACUGGAGUGGGGGGGUGAAGGUGGACCGCUUUGGAAAAGGACUAUUGCAAGCUUGGAAGAGGCAGAUUCAGCAGUUUAACCGUGUCAGUCUAGAGAUGGCCAAUGCCGUUGUGGCCAGAUACCCUUCUCCUCUGCUUUUGAAGCAGGCCUAUGAUACCCGCUCUUCUGAACAGGAGCGGCAGAAGCUUCUUGCAGAGAUACCUGUCCGCCGUGGUGAUGGGGUGACUGCUACUUCAAGGAGGGUUGGCCCAGAGCUAUCCAAACGGAUUUAUGUGCAGAUGACUUCUCAUAAUCCUGACCUUUCCCUGGAUGUUACUGGAUGAUUUUAAACUAUAGGUAUAAGUAAAAAAACUUUGUUCAAACCAUUUUUUUUACAGCAGGAAGAAAGAAGCUGAACUGCAACUACUCUGAUUUAAACAUAAGAGAUGCUCAUGUGCCAAAAUGGAAGCAGAAUUUUCUUAUUUCAUUUGUGUCCUUAUUUGUUGAGUACUCCUUUGUAAGAACCAAAAUCUCCAAAACAAAAACUAUAAUAAAUACAUAACUAGA